CCUCCCGUCGCCUCGCCGGCAGCAGCCAUGCUGGCGCUCAGCGCGGGCCGCCGCCUGCUGCGCCCGCUGCCCCUGCUCGUCCCGCGGCCGGCCGCCGCUGAGCGCGCCGGCCUCCGCGCCUGCAGCGGACCGCGGCGCGGCGCCGACGACGAUGCCGACAACCCGCUGGUCUACCUGGACGUGGGCGCGGACAACCAGCCGCUCGGGCGCGUCGUGCUGGAGCUGAAAGCUGAUGUGGUGCCAAAGACUGCAGAAAAUUUUAGAGCUCUCUGCACUGGAGAAAAGGGUUUUGGAUACAAAGGAUCCACCUUCCAUAGGGUCAUACCUUCUUUCAUGUGUCAGGGUGGUGACUUUACUAAUCACAAUGGCACGGGAGGCAAAUCGAUAUAUGGCAGUCGAUUUCCUGAUGAAAACUUCAUCCUUAAGCAUGUUGGACCCGGUGUUCUCUCAAUGGCCAACGCUGGACCCAACACCAAUGGAUCUCAGUUCUUUAUUUGCACAGCCAAAACGGAUUGGCUGGACGGGAAGCAUGUUGUGUUUGGCCACGUAAAGGAAGGCAUGGAUGUUGUGAAAAAAAUUGAAGCCUUCGGCUCAAAGAGCGGAAAGCCGUCGAAGAAGAUAGUCAUUACGGACUGUGGUCAGCUGUCAUGAUUCAAGGCCUCUGGAGAAUCAGCAGUGUGAAAAGGGAUCCAUACACAUUAUUACUCGUACAUUUCUCAUCUGGAUUUGGACUUAAGAAAGCUAUUGCUGGUUGAAGACAAUGGUCAGAGAUAAUAUAAAUAAUUCCAGUGUUCAAAAUCCAUUUGAACAUUUUUUAUUUUUUAAAAAAUUGACAUAUCAUGGUACUGCUUUUAUAUACAUGUAAAACUGAUGGCUGUGUUCUAUGCUUGAAAUGCACAGACAAAGGCUGCUAGGAGGGGUUUAUUAGGAAACCUCAGAAGCGGCAUAUAAUGUGCACUGUGAAUCUUGCAGAAAUGUGAACAUUGAGUUUGAAGAACCUUCGUGUUUUCCCUUCUAAUUUAAAUUAUAUUCUAUAGUACUCUGGUUGAAAAGGUACUUGAAUUGUCCUAUUCUUACUGAAUGUAUUAAAGUACCUUUUGGUUAUGCUCUUGAGAUUUUGCAGCCCAAAGGGCUAAGAAUUCACAUUCUGCAAAGGAACAGCAGAACUCGAUGCAAGCUGCUCGCACGGAAUUCAUGGAUGUCUUAGUUGACUGAGCAGUGUGUGCUUCACAUGUUACUCUGACUUAAGGGGUUAAUAUUAAAAUGCAUUUCUUUUUAAUGCAUUACCCAUGUCACUAUAUAUCAUCAAAACCACAAUACAUAGCUAGACAGCUAUUAGGCAUGAAAAUCUUUGAUAGAAUUAUGCAAAGGGAGAAUUUGGGCAGAUGAUUAUUAAUGCCCUUUAAUUUUCUUUACUGUCCAGUUGGUUUACAUGAUUGGAAGGAAUGAAAGCCAAGAAGGAAUGUUGACCCAUGAAGGCCUUUUGGUUUAUGUUCUGUGCCCUGUGCUAUUACGGUAUUUUAAUCAUUAACAUUUUAAUUGACCAUUUCCAAAUGAUUCUUGAGAUUUUAAAGCACUGAUCGUUCCUGCUUCCAGUACCCUUACAGAAUGGCACUCUGGUCCCCUAUGGACAGAGGGAAAGACUGAGUGUUAAACCAGUUUCUAUAGUGUAGAUAAGCCCUGCAGGUUCAUGUAGCACUGUCAUUAUCUCAGGUGUGUAUCAGCAAGUUCAGCACGGACUGCAGGCACUGAUGGAAUUUUGAUUAGUGGUGCAGAGCAAGGAAGGGUGGCUGAAUCAUGCUGCUAUUCUCUGUGCCUACAGACAAGGGCUGUUGCAGAUCCAUGAAUUGUUGACCUCAGAAAGAGCCUUGAGUUCUUUCAAAACAAGCAAAUAAUAGCCGGUUUCUGUUUGUGGAGCAGCCUGUUGCUUGCAAAAUGUGUCUCUGUUAUUGGGAAAUUAAGCUGGAAACCUUGCAAGACAAAACUACUCUUUAAUAUGUGAUACAGAUUAUUGAUACUACUGGUAGGUGUACCUGAGUGUAUGCAGACAUUUAAAAUGUGAAGGCCUUUUCAACGUACGAGUUUGUAUUUCAGUAAUGAGUGACAUCACUGCAGGUUCACAGCGCUAUUUUUUAUUAGAACCAUGCAAGUGAAGGACUAAGUAUAAUUUAAACAAAAUGUGACACUGCUUUAGUAAAUUGUUUGCUUUCUUUGAAGUAUUUUUGAAACAUUCAAUCUAAUCUGACUUAUAUUUAGAAUUAAUAAAUGAUAUUUGUUGCUUUUUUGUAUAUGUAAAGUUAUUAAAUCCCUUUUGUAAGAAA